AUGGCUGCGCACCGUGGAGAGUGUGACGCAACUAAAUGCGUUCCAUUGUCAUGGUCGCCAGCGUGGUUCACGUCUAUGGUUCGCCCUCAUACUAUCUUGGACCGUAACCUCUCUCACACCGGGGUCUCACUAGUAUUACCUCCUGGACAGUUCAGAGCCAUCUUAUGCAAUACGAAGGAUCUCAAUACACUGAAGCAAGACCUUAGCUCAGCCCUUCGGGUGUUCCUGUUCCUCGUCUCGGACUCACUAGUGAUCAUAUUAAUUUCGGACAUGUGUAUAGUUCUCAAAUCCGAUUUCACUGUCUGCAGCCACGCAGAGGAGCUGGUCAUGAUAUGCCGGCACGCCAAGCCCCCAGAAGCAGACAGCAGACCACAAGCCCACAGACAACGUGAGCUCUGUGGCACACAAAGAAGAGGACGCUUCCAGAGGGAAGGAUUCUGUGCCAUGUGCAUCGACUUUUUCACACCCUACGACAUCACUCACUCGGCUAGUGUGCAGAAGUACCAGAGAUACAAGGCAGAAAAUGGAUGGACCCAACCCGUUCACCCAUCCAGAAUACCCCGCGACUAUCUCUUUCCAUAUAAGGUCAUCGUGGUGCCCCGCUCAGUCCACGUUCUCAGCAGUCAAGCCCGGGCGAAGCUGCAGGUCAACUCUCAAAAAUGGUAUAAAGGGAUUCAUACACCGACGUCGGUGGACUUUCGGCGCUGCAUCGAUGGGUUUCACUUGGAUGAGAAUGUAGCCCGAGGAUUAGUACUCAGAAAGCCACCAAAGGCGUUGACACCUGAAGUUUGCAUGAAAGAACUCCCGCCCCUGCCGAAUAGUGAAGCCAACAGCUCUGUUCGCCCCUCACAGAUUUAG